UAUCAAUUGCAAGAGGCAACACACCCUUAAUUUAUUCACCCCCAUCACGCACUUAACUUCACUUUUACGUAACAACUUACACAUUACACAAAAACAGCAACCACAUGCCCAAGAUUCUGAACCACCCUCCUUCCUAAAACCCUUUCAAGUCCAAACCUUUCUGCAAAAACUGUAUACCCUUUUGGCCAUUCUUCACAAUGCCAACACAAUCCUAUUCACCCAACAAGACCAUGAACACACUGAAUCAAAUGUUUCAGAACAUAUUCUCAGAAAACAGUAACAUCAUGCUUGCAGCCAUUAUUUCCUUGCUCUUAGUCAUCCUCUUUGUUCUGCUACUCCAUCUCUAUGCCAAAUGGUUCUUGGCUCAGGCACAGGCACAGGCACGUGCCCGGCGGCGCCGUCGCCGGAGAACCACCGUGACAGUCUCCGACGUACUUGGCCCUGCCCGGUUUCACCAUUUUCAUAGCUUCAACAUAGAAGACUCACCCAUCUCGAGUUCCCACACCAAAGGGCUUGAUUCUGCUAUCAUUGCUGCGAUUCCAUUGUUCAUUUAUGCAGCUUCAGAAGUAGAGGAAGGUGAUGAUGAUGAUGAUGAUGAUGAUGAUGAGGUUGAACAAGAACUUGAAUGUGUGAUUUGUUUGAGUGCUUUUGAGGAUGGUGAAAUGGGAAGGUGUUUGCCAAAGUGUGGCCAUGGUUUUCAUGUGAAGUGCAUUGACAUGUGGUUGAGUUCGCAUUCAAAUUGCCCAAUUUGCAGAGCACCGAUUGUGGGUGGGAUUGUUGAGAAUGAUUCUCAAAUGGGUUCAGUUGAUGCUUCUUCAGCUUUGGUUGAGAUUGUGAUUGAUGAUAUUUCAAGUUCUGAGAUUAGAGAGAAUGGGAACGGAGGGGUGAGUGUUUCUAUUUCAGAAACUUCAUCAUCUUUGUUUGGGUGCUCUUUGAAGAGAAUGUUAGGCAAAGUUUUCCCAUCUAAUUCCAAUGUAAAUGAAUUACAUGCUUGAGAUAUCAUCUUGUCACUGUCUAUUGUCUACACAAUUAACCAUGAA